AUGUUGGCUAGUCAAGAGACCCGGAGACACCAGAGCAAGCCCCGGGUGCGUGACAACGCACCAGAGCGUGGUCCCACCAACCAAUACCCAAUUCACUUACCGUCUGCUUACGGGUUUAGUCGCCGUUGGGUGGGUAUCCCACUAUCCAACGAAACUCAUGAGCCCGUUCGAAUCCAACCGCAAGGCACCGACUACAGCACGAAACCGCGGCCGACAACCGGGCCUCCGUUCGGCGCCAAGAGUGGGUCGACGCCGGGGCUCCGAAGACCACCCGAAAUAUUUUUAAUUAUUUUAGUUGUCAUAACUACCGUCGAUAUUUCGGAAGCAGAAAAUAUUUAG